AUGGCAGAACUAUCGCCGGACAUGUCCACCGUCUACCGCCCUUCUCCGCCGCCCUUCUUCCGCCUCACCAAGACCCCGUCGUUCAACCCGAACCGCAUCGUCGACCCGCUCGAGCUCCACGAGAGCGACGUCGUCUGGUCGUUCGCCGCCUCCCCUGCCCCGCACACCCGCCCGCCCCCCGACGGCGGCCGCCGCCGCUUCAAUCCGUCGAGAUCCGGACUCUCCGCCAUCCUCUACGACGAGGGCCACCGCCUCGUCGGCCGGAAAUCGAGCCCCAUGGUGAUCCCCCAGGAGGCGCGGCGCGAGGAGGCUCCGGCGAAGCUCCGCCAAUCGGCGCCCGUGAACAUCCCGGCGUGGCCGAGGGGUCCGAAGAGGCUCGACGGGACGGCUUUAACUCUGAGUGUUACGUUUUUCUUCCAUUAG